AUGCCUGUCAAUUGGCAAGACCCUGAGGUCCGCGAUCGCCUUCUCGCUGCAAUUAUCGCGUCCUUCGACGGAAAGAUCAAUUGCCGUGAGGUGGCACGCCUCUUUGGCAAAGAUGCCACUUACAACACCAUUGAGAACUUCCUCCGCAAGCCAAAGAAGUUUGCUCAACAGCUGAAAGAGGAAGCUGGGGACGCUCCUGCUCCUUCUCCUGCCCGUCCAAAGACUCCGAAGACUCCCCGUACUCCGAAGACGCCCAAGUCGGCUAUUGAAGGCGUCAAGUCCGGCCGCAUCACCAAGACGAGCCCUCUGAAGAAAUCUAAGAAGGCCCAGCAGGAAGAGAGCGACAUGGAAGAAGACACUAUGACUGCAGCAAGCGACGGGACCGACUGUGAGCUGGUCUGA